AUGGCUGGAGCACCCCUGAGCACAGGCCCUGUGAGUAAGCAAGACCAAGGCACAGCAGGUGAGGGCUUUGAAAGUCAUGUGUUUAUUAAAGAUGUUUGGAGUUGUCAUUCCCAGCUCCUGGUCACCAUGAGCAAAUCAGCAAGAUCCACAGUGCUGAGACCAUUUCUGCCACUCAGAGAAGGAAAUCAUUGUGUUAAACAGUUGUGCAGCUAUAGUGUGGAUUCAGCCUUUGUCAUCAACUGCCCCUUACCUGCAGCCCCUAGUAUUGUGAUGAAUAGUAGCGUUACUGAAUUCAUUCUCCUUGGGUUGACACAGGAUGCAAAAAAGCAGAAGGCAAUAUUUGGGGUCUUCUUGAUUCUUUACCUUGCAACACUGUUGGGGAACUUUCUCAUUGUAGUAACUAUUAAAAUAAGCAGGACUCUUGGGAGUCCCAUGUACUUCUUCCUAUUCUAUCUGUCUUUUGCUGAUGCCUGCUUCUCUACAACCACAGCUCCCAAAUUGAUUGUGGAUGCCCUUUCUCAGCAGAAGACCAUUUCCUACAAUGAGUGCAUGACUCAGCUCUUUGCAGCCCAUUUCUUUGGGUGCAUGGAAAUCUUUGUGCUCAUCCUCAUGGCUUUUGAUCGCUAUGUUGCCAUUUGUAAGCCCCUAAGAUACACAACCAUCAUGAGCCGGUACGUCUGCAGCAAUUUGGUAAUUAUAGCCUGGGUGGGAUCUUGUAUCCACUCUUCAGCACAAAUUUUGUUAGCCCUUAGAAAGCCAGUGAUUGCCUUCCAAAUUCUGUACCCUUUCCAGUGA